CAAGCGAAUUGCAUUCGGUCGUGUUCGGCGGUUCACAUUCGGGAGUGUUCGCUGGCUGUCGGUCUAUUAGCGGAUUAACAAAGGAAGUUUGCCUCCUCACCACUUCGGUGCUGACAGUACACAGAGCUAUCGUCAGCUGUCUUGUCUACUUUAGCUGUUGUGAUACGAGUUGCACGAGUGAUGAAGUGGUGUGAUGACAACAUAAUGUUGCUGACAGAAAAACAUAGAUAUCAUAGGUGCUUAUAUGACCAAAGACCUAUUCAGCACAAACGCUGAAGGAAAAGGAAGUAUGGGAAGAAUGUGUAUACAGAAUGUUAAGUAAUAUUUGGGAAAUCUCUAGGGGAAUGGAUAGAUGCCCUAAAGAAGAAGCAAAAUGCUCCGUGUACACAUAUGAUGAAAGGCGGUUGGCAUUUGACUUUGGUGGUGUCCACGGUGUGUACCUUAUUUGCUGGCCAUGUGGACACAGCAAACGUGUUGGCUCUUUUCCCCUUGCCAGCCAGGAGCCACUGGUUUUCACUCAAACCGCUCAUUACUGGACUGUCGCAACGAGGCCACAACAUCACAUUGCUGAUUAAUGAAAUGGAGAAAGAUGUACCUGAGAACUGGGAUGUCAUAAGAAUUCCAGUGAUUUUUCCGGAUAUCUUAAAAAGUGGAAAUACCAUGAAACUACAAUCUUCAGCUGGAGGUAUGAAGCUAUAUGAUGUCGUGGUGGACGCGGGCAUCGAUAUUUGUGGGAAAUUAUUCCAGCUGGAGUCUAUUCAGAAACUGAUCAACACAAAAGAGACAAAGUUCGAUCUGCUUCUUAUUGAAUAUUUCAUGGACGAGUGUCUCCUAGGCUUGGCACAUAAAUUUAGCAUUCCUGUGGUCGCUUUGUCUUCCUUCGGAGGGUUUCCCUUUACAGGAGAUGCAGUUGGUGAUCCGUAUACACCAUCAUAUGUUCCGGAUGUUGUGUACACAUAUACAGACCACAUGACUUUCUGGCAGCGGCUGCACAACUCUCUGUCAGUGGCGUAUGCAAGAUAUGUGUACAAUUAUUACUACUGCCCGAAAAUUGAUGAAAUGAUGAAGCAGAAUUUCAAAGAUCCUACAAUGCCAAGUGUGUCAGCUUUGAUAGCUAAUGCGUCACUGCUGAUCGUCCAAAGCCACGUGAGCUUCGCGUACCCUCGACCCCACUUACCCAGCGUGAUUGAGACCGGCGGUAUGCACAUACAGCAACCACAGGCACUACCACAGGACUUGAAGAAGCUAAUGGACAACGCAAAUGACGGCGUCAUUUUCUUCAGCAUGGGAUCUUUUGUAAGGAGUACUGAUUUUCCCCAGGAGAGUGUUCAAGCUUUUCUAACUGCUUUCUCUAAACUGAAACAACUGGUCCUGUGGAAAUGGGAGACGGACACUAUGCCUGGGAAGCCAGAAAAUGUGCAUCUUGGCAAAUGGUUUCCACAGUCUGACUUGCUAGCUCACAAAAACGUGAAGCUCUUCAUCUCCCACGGAGGACUGCAGAGCAGUUUGGAAGCGACCGCUCGGGGUGUUCCCUUGAUUGGCAUACCAGUCGGAGCCGAGCAAGGUUAUAAUGUCCAAAGAAUCGUUCACUACGGUUACGGCAUCAAACUAGAUCUGCAGAACAUAACUAUCCAGUCGGUGGAAUGGGCUAUUCAUGAAGUUUUAAAUAACCCAAUAUACCGCGAGAAGGCGGAGCUGCGGUCCCGCCUGUUCUGGGACCGUCCAGAGAGCCCUGUGGAGACGGCCGUCUACUGGACAGAGUACGUGCUGAGGCACCGGGGCGCCCCCCACCUGCGCAGCGCGGCCCUCGACCUCAGCUGGUACCAGUACCUCCUGCUGGACGUCGCUGCCCUGCUACUGUCUGGAGCGCUCCUAGUUCUCACAAUCGCUGUCGUGGCAGUCAGGACACUCUACAGGCUAAUCACAGCAAGAACUUCUGCGUCACACGAACAGAAGAAAAAGAAAACAACGAAGAAGGAGUAAAGGAGACGUCUUACCCUAGCGGUGCCGCAGCCGAAGAGACGCUACUCUGUGUAACAGGAUUAAUAACUGACAGUACAAACAACGUGUCCAUGACGAUUUGGGACUCACGUUACAAAACGUGAUAUCAAGUCUCCGAGUGCUAUAUCACAUCUAGGUAAAGCCCUUCUGUCCCAUCUCAUGUCUGACCUUAUUUAUCGGCUGGAAUUCUGUUGCUAGCCAACUUCAAAGUACUCUAGUCGUUCACAAGAAGUGUGCUGGGAAUUCACAUACUCGUUAGGCUCUGAAGGGAUGAGUAGUUGGAAAGCUUCAUUAACUACAAUAACGUUAUGAAAAUAUAUUUUACUGAAGUUAAUCUGUUUAUUCUGUAUGAGACAUACAGGGUGCUUUCUCUGCCCCUACAGAUGUCGUUUUAUGCAACCCACAGUGUUACAUAUGGCCUUAAAAAAACACCUGCGAGAUUUUCAUAUUCUCUCUCUCGCUUUGCGGAAACAAUUAGUCCUACAGAAAAAUGGACCUUUUUGUAGGCAGUUAAAUAUCGGAAUAGGAUACGCAUUCACUGGAGACCAUGGUUAUUCCAGAAAACGUACAAAAAUUACUUUCAAUCGCACCUCCUCCCAACACACACAUUCCUCAUCAGCUAGAAUUAAAGUGUGUUAUUCGUGGCACUCCCUCUUACCACUAAAUAAAAUUUUGCGACUACACCAACUGUUCACGAGACCGAGCGAGGUGGCGCAGUAGUUAGCACACUGGGCUCGCAUUCGGCAGGACGACGGUUCAAUCACACGUCUGCCCAUCCUGAUAUAGGUUUCCCGUAAUUUCCCUGAAUCACCACAGGCGAAUGCUGGGAUGGUUCCUUUGAAAGGGGACGGCCGAUUUGCUUCCUCAUCCUUCCCAAAGCCGAUGAGACUUAUGACCUCGCAGUUAUGGUCUCCUCCCCCCAAAUCAACCCCGAAUCCCCACACCCACUGUUCACGAUACUCGAUCUUUUGUGGUCUCUAUUGAUUGAUCUAUUGCGGCACUAGCAUAGUCGGCUACUUUGUUAACACUAUUAAUUUGAACGCACGCAUAAGGGUAAUUAACGAAAAAUUACUAAGGUAAACGUUACGCUAAAACUAAUAGCGUUGAUAAUUCCAUCCAAGUUUGAGCCUUAGAAGCACAGUAGUUUCAUAGUCAGAAGCCCUGAUGAAUACGCCGAUGGAAUUGUUUAUUAUACGCUGUUAAAAUUCACAGAGUUGUUGGGCAAUGUUUGCCGCGCGGGGUUAGCCAUGUGUUCGUAAGGCGUCUUGUCACGGUUCGCGUGGGUCUCUACCCGCCCCCCCCCCCGCCCCCCCUCCCCACCCCCUCGGGCAUGGGUGUGUGUGCUGUCUUUAACGUAAGUUAGUUUAAGUUCGAUUAAGUACUGCGUAAGCCUAGGAACUGAUGACCUCAGCAGUUUGGUCCCGUAGUCCUUACCACAAUUUCCAAAUUUUCCAAAUUGUUGGACAAUGUUUACACACACGCUACUUUUACAAUAUUACGUGCUCGACGAAGGCGGUGGCGUAAUAGGUCAAUCAAUAAAGACCAGAAAAGGUCGAAUGGGGAAAAUAAUUCGUGCAGUCGCAAAUUUUUGUACAGUGGUGGAUGGAGUGUCAUGAAUAACACACUAGAAAUCCUGACCGGUGGGGGCUGAGUGUGGGUGAGGAUGUAGGUUUGAAGGUCACACCUCUAGCCUACGUUUUUAUUGAAUAACUCGAAAACUACGGUCCCUAGAGAAAACGUAUGCCAGUACAAAAUUUAACUUCAUUAAAUAAAUGUCUUGGUGAUUUUUUUUCUGUUGGACUAACAGUUUGCACGUAACGAGCGAGAGAUUGUGGAAAUUUCGCUCGUGGUUUUUGAAGACCAGAUCUAACAUAGCGGGCUGCAUAAAACUACAUCAGUAGGGGCAGCUGAAUCACCCUUUAUAUGACAUGAGGAGCAGCUUAAUUUUGAACUUUUAGUGUUUACUGGGCUACACUUGACUCCUUUCAUGUAAUGUUAAUGAUAGUGUAAAUAGUAAUUUAACAACGUUUUUACAUUCAUUUGUACGAGAUUUUCUUAAAAAUAGAAUGUGCUGUACUGCAGUGAGCCAUAAAAGUCUUACUUGUAAUGAUUAAAUGAUAACUGGUAUACACAGGCGACAGCGAUA